AUGAACAAAAAGUAUCAGCCAGGCGACCAAAUCCUUCCCCAUGUCACCACACGUGAGCGCACCGAAGAGGACCGCCGCGCUGAGGAGGAGGAUAGGCGACUGCUCGACGAGGUUCGCGAGAUGAGUCUUCGAGAGGUGGAGACCGGCGUGCCACAUAUACCGCCGCGAAGACGCCGAGGGAGCAGAGCUGCCGAGGAGCGCAUCUCCGGUCGUCGGGUAAGAGAUGACGGUCGCCCGCGCAGAAGCACUGACCAGCUGGGCUUGCUCAGUGACAGGCAUCGCCGGCGACGAAGCGACUCUCAACAGCGUCAAGUUGGCCACCAAUCCUCCCUCCGGUCCCUCAUCAGCAGUGCAGACUUGAGCGAGCGCGAUAUCGAGAGAGAGAUUGAAGAGUUUGCGCGACAGAUUCAGGAAGAGGGCUUACUCGACGGACUUGAUCUAGACAACAUUGAUUUGACUCGCGAUGACGAACUCAGUCGUCGAAUCACGGAAGCAUAUCGGCGGCGACAGAGGGGUCGCGCCACAAGCCAGCCUACUCGCAGAGAUAGCCCAACAAGCCGCAACGAUGCUCACGCGGAUGUACGAGACGGAGACAGCCACCUGGGUCCUCGGCCAAGCCCACUCGACGCCGCUAGUCCGUCAAGAAGUCGCGAAGGUUCCAGCUCUCGGCCUGCCACUGGUAGCUCCAGCACCGAAGAGCGAGACAUGCGCCCGCCGACAAGCCGCGAGGUUCGCGAAUCGCAGACUCGAGCUCGACGCAGGACAGCCAGCGGUAGUCGCGCGGCCACUCUGCCAGUCGUCUCUACCGAGUCGUCCAUCCGUCCUGCUGCCCGCUCCCAGACCGACUUAACGCUUCACAACGAGCGAGUGGCGUCUUCCAGCCUCCGGCCGAAUACGUCUACGGUCAGAAGCUCCAGCGUUCCCUCAGAAUCAGCGGAGCUUGCAGGACCGGCCGCUAUAACAGGCUCGUCAUUUGCCAGUCGCUUGGCUCGACCGCCAAACACAAACACAAAUGAAUCCCCGCGCACUUCCACAGAUCGAUCGCGCGCCUCUAGUGCCAGCAGACAAAACAGAGCAGCUGAGCUAGCCAUUGUUCACUCUGCAGCCACCAGCCCAGCUGCAACGAGCCCAAUACGAUUCGGUCACCAAAGGAACAUGUCGCAAUUAUACCCCGAACCGUCCAUCACAUGUAUGAGAUGUAAAAAGACACAUAUCGAGUACGAAAUCCACUACAAGUGCAGCAUUUGCGCCGGCGGUCACUGGUCCAUGUGCCUUGACUGCUAUAGAUCUGGAAAGGGCUGCCAGUACUGGUUUGGCUUCGGUUACGGCGGCUGGAACAAAUGGCGAAGGCGUCGACAGCAGCGUGGCGAUGACUCGCUGGCCCCUCCUCACAUUCUGACACCCAGCAGAUACCAACCACCACCAUCCACACCUGGCGGUGCCGAUGGUCGCAAGACACUUACAAUCGACGACCCCCAGCUUCGGCUCGAGACUGGAACGUUUUGCGCCAAGUGUCAGGUGUGGACAAACGACUGCUACUGGCGAUGCGACAUCUGCAACGACGGCGAGUGGGGGUACUGCAAUAACUGUGUCAACCAGGGGCGCACCUGUACACAUCCAUUACUUCCCCUCAGCCAUGAGAUCUCCGAGCCGCACAGCCGGUCGCCUGGCCGUCCAACAGCGGCUCGGAUCGUCACAGAGAGCCAAACACGAAGUAUCAGUCCCUUCAAGCCACUCUCAUUUGCAACAACUUGCGACAUUUGCCGCACCAUUAUUACCCCGUCCGAUAUACGCUAUCACUGUUACAGCUGUACGAGCUCUCUGGUCGAAAACGCAGCACCCGGCGACUAUGAUAUUUGCUCUCCGUGCUACGCGGAUCUGGUGAGUAAGGGCAAGAUCAGUGAGGAAAACGGGCACUCUGGCUGGCGCAGAUGCCUGGGGGGCCACAGGAUGGUGGUUAUCGGCUUUGCACCUGGUGAAGUAGGCCACUGGCGAUACAUUGAGCGCGACUUGGUUGGGGGCCGCAAGCUUCGCAUCGAGACGCUCGGCCACGAAAUCCAACUGGAACCCCCCUCCCAGAAGUGGUCGUGGAAGCAGGGCGACCAGAAGCUAGAGAAGUUGGUGACGCAAGAGAUGCCAGCAACAGCACCAACGAGCUACGAUUCAAUCACUAACACAACACUGUUCCCGCCGGAUGGCGGCGUCGGCCUACGUGCUUUUGCUAAGUGGGCCUGGUUUCCGAAGAAAGAGGCCGACGAUGAGCUCAUGUUUCCUCGCGGCGCAGAGAUUCGGGAAGCGGAAGAUGUAAAUGGUGAUUGGUAUUUUGGCGUUUACAUGGGUGCCAAAGGUCUCUUCCCUUCGGGCUACGUACGAGUUGACGGUGAUGCUUAG